AUGGUGCUUCGUGUGGCUGUAAUCGGCGCGGGCCCGGCCGGCCUGUGCGCGGCUCGCUUUCUGUCUGCGGAACCUGAGCGCUACCUGCCGACCGUGUACGAGCAGACAGCGGCGGUGGGCGGGACCUGGGUGUACACGGACAGGACUGGGACGGGCGAGCACGGACUUCCUGUUCACUCCAGCAUGUACAAAAACCUAAGAACAAAUCUUCCCAAAGAGGCGAUGGUCUUCCAAGACUUUCCUUACGACAGUGGUUUGCCAUCUUACCUUCCCCAUGAGGAGGUGCUUCGCUACCUAGAGAAGUACGCAAAACACUUCGGACUUCACCAGUAUAUACAGGUAUCCUUUGAAUUGCUUACUGUCACGUCAUUCAAGGUCACGGCUCCAGACAGCCCAAGCACGGAACAGUUUGAUGCAGUCAUGGUGUGUAAUGGCGGGAGAUAUUCCGUCCCGUACAUUCCGGCCGUCCCCAGUAUAGACCAAUUCCAGGGCGGGACCAUGCACAGCCAUGAGUACCGGGUACCAGAACCGUUCCGUGGGAGAAACGUCAUCAUCAUGGGAGCCUUGGCUUCAGGCGUCGACAUCUGUGUUGAGCUCGCUCAGGUCGCCGAACAUGUCGUCAUCAGUCAUUCUAACCCACCCACCGUGGAAAUACAUAACCUGCCUGCAAAUGUUACGCAAGCCCCUAGAGUAGAGUGUAUCGUGGGUCCUAACACCGUUAGGUUUCAGGACGGGCAAGUGUUUAAUGCAGACGACAUCGUCUACUGUACAGGUUAUAGCCUCAGCUUACCCUUCCUUACUCCUGAAUGUGGUAUCACUAUCAACGAAGGCAGAGCUUACCCACUGUACAAGCAUGUUAUUAACACCACUUACCCUACUAUGUCAUUUGUAGGGCUCACACAUCAUGCCACAUCAUUCUCUUUAUUUCAGCUUGAAGUCAAGCUUGCUUUGGGGGCCUUGGAUGGUAGCCUUCGUCUUCCCUCUAAGGCAGUCAUGGAUCAAGAAAUUGACAAAGACUUUAAAACACGUGUAGAGGCAGGCUUAGUUCCACGCCAGGCCCAUGAUGUAUUCCCCCUUUAUUUGUCACAUAUCACCGAGCUAGCCAAGGUGACCCGCCAGCCUGACCCUCUGGGCCAGACUUCUAUGGCUAUAGACUCCUUCCUGCGUCUGUUUUCUGAUCCUCAGCACUUCAGAAAUGCAGAAUAUAAGGUAACAGGACAGGAGACAUGGGAAAUGGUUCCUCAACAAACUGAUAGACAGAAGCAGUCAACCGCAAAGUAA